UUUCAUUCUUUCAGUAUAUCUAAAAGCAUCAUCUUAGAAAAUAUAUUUGCUAAUAAACGUACAAAAGAAUGGAGAAGCGAAAUCUCCCGCCUCAAUUAUUCAUAUAUUACCAACUAGGUCAAGAACAGCUCUGUAAUCAUACAAAUUGUGUCCUGUCGAAAUAUCGAGCGACUGACUAUUUCACGUCGUCGUGCCCACAUUGAGGAACAAUAGAAUUGAUUUGCAUUUCACAUACUCGAGCGAUCGCUCGUCGCUUUUUACAUCGAGAAGUAAACUUGGCUAAAGUGUCAGUAACAAACGUCACGAACAAUAUGGCGAAUGUUCAAUGGUAGGCGGAUAUUUUGCUUGACGCGGAAACGUGUUACAUGCUGUCUGAUAGCUGUCAAACUUGCAGAGAAGCAGAAGAAUGGAGUUGUUCCGCACUGACACUCAUUUUAUCUUUGUGAAAGAGAAGUACAGCCUCUGGUGUGACAAGUAUACCGGCGAAUUCGCUGCGAAAUCAGAUUGGGAAUGGGCUACGCCAAGGGAUCUAGAAUGUCUGGGAAUGUUUUAUGGCAUAGUGGGAAAAAUUGAACAAGUGUCAGUAUUAGAACCUCGCUUAAUGCUUAUAAAGGAUGUAACACCAGUGGGAGAAUUACAUGGUGAUCAUGUUGUUUACAAAAUCAAAUCUAUUGCAUUUCUACAUCUUGGCGCAGAUAAUGCGGAUAUUGGCUUGUUGCCUUGUAAGAAGCAUCAGUAUGCAUUGAAGAAAAGAGGAGGUAGUGGAUUGUUUGAUGUACCACAGAAGGCAGCCCUGGCAAAAACCUGGGGUACAAUCAAAAAUGCUACAAAUACUAUAAAAAAUACCACACAACAGGCUGCUGCAUUAGCUACGUCUCAAGUGAAAUCUACAGUAACAAAACGGAACAUAGUGAAAGACAAAGAAAGAUUUGAAAAGAGAAUAUUGGAAGAAUUAAAUAAGAUAUUUACCGAAACUGAUUCCUUUUUCUUUUGUCAGACUGGUGAUAUCACUAACAGUUUGCAACGACAAUGUAUAGCAGAAUCUCAGCAAUGCAACCAGGAUAAACCAUUGUGGCAACGGGUGGAUGACAGAUUUUUCUGGAAUAAACAUAUGUUACAUGACAUUAUUAAUUUAGAUGUUAAUAAAGCAAACUGUUGGAUAUUACCGAUCAUUCAAGGAUACGUUCAAAUAGAAAAAUGUAUAGUUGAAGUGGGUUUUGAUGAGCAGCCACAGCAGGAAAUAUUUAACUUGGCAAUUAUAUCAAGGAGGAGUAGAUUUCGUGCUGGGACCAGGUAUAAGAGACGUGGAGUGGAUGAUGAUGGGAAGUGUGCAAAUUAUGUUGAGACUGAACAAUUAGUUUGGUAUCAUGAUCAUCAAGUAUCUUUUGUACAAGUACGAGGUAGCGUGCCAGUAUAUUGGUCACAACCUGGGUACAAGUAUAAGCCUCCACCGCGAAUUGACAAAGAUGAGGUUGAAACACAAAUAGCAUUCGAAAAGCAUUUUGGUGAAGAACUUACAUUGUAUGGACCUAUUUGCAUCGUUAAUCUGGUUGAACAGUCUGGCAAAGAAAAGAUAAUCUGGGAAGCUUAUAGUAAUCAUGUGUUUAACUAUAAUCAUCCAGAUAUUACAUACACUACUUUUGAUUUCCACGAAUAUUGUCGAGGAAUGCAUUUCGAAAAUGUAUCUAUUUUGGUUAAUGCACUGACCGCAGUGCUAGCAGAUAUGAGUUACUGUUGGUGUGAUAAACAAGGUACAAUUUGUAUGCAAAAGGGCAUAUUUCGUGUGAAUUGUAUAGAUUGCUUAGAUAGAACAAAUGUGGUGCAAACUGCUCUGGGAAAAGCCGUUAUGGAAAUGCAAUUUUCGAAACUGGGAUUAAUACCACCUGAUGGCACUUUGCCUACAAAUAUUAGGCAGACUUUCCAAUUACUUUGGGCCAAUAAUGGGGAUAUUAUUAGUAAGCAAUAUGCAGGAACAAAUGCUUUAAAGGGAGAUUAUACGCGUACCGGAGAGAGAAAAUUUACUGGAUUGAUGAAAGAUGGCAUGAAUUCUGCAAACAGAUAUUAUCAGCAACACUUUAUGGAUGACUUACGUCAAGCAGCGAUAGAUACGCUGCUAGGAAACCCGAUCGACGUUGAUCAACUGAACAACGAUUGGUCACACUAUUUAGAUAUUUUUGAUAAUUGUUGUCUUGAACUUAUACCUAUGAAACCACCAAAUAUACAACUUCAACUUGCUACUCAUCCCGACUUUCUUUAUGCCACUGCCCUAUAUAAUUUAGCAAGAUAUUAUUUGAAUCGUUUCAAGGAUGUCUACAGGCAAGCGACAAUUGACAUGAUGUUGGGAAAUUCGGUAAGCGAAGAAGUAUUCUUAGAGCGUACCGAUGAGGAAGACAACGCAGCAACUGCGAUUCAUGUGAAAUUGCUAAUUGAAGACUGCAAAAAGUUACUGAUACCUGAUCCCGAAAUUAUACUAGGCAGUUGGGGUGUCAUCGAUGCCGAUCCCGUUACCGGUGACCCAACCGAAACGGAAAUGGACACUAUUUUGAUAUUAACUCUAGAUAGUUAUUACGUAGCAGAUUAUGAUGAUCAAAUCGAUAAAGUUACAAAUUACCAAAGAAUCCCGCUAAAUGAUAUUGUCUUAAUCGAAUUCGGUCAGCCCGAAAAUACGGUUUCAUUCUUCAAGAAUAAGCAUUAUCAUUGUAUCAGAAUCAAUUAUAAGAUAAAUGGCGAAUACGGUUACUUUCACAUGUUCCGCAGUACAAAUUUAAGGUUUUUCAAUAAUAUGGCGGUUGUGAUUAAAACUGAAGAAGAAAGCAUAGAAUCUUUAAAAGCAAUUUGUGAAGCUAUUUCUGUAGCUAUGGAAAUAGCAGGCUUACCAAAGAUUCCCAUAGCCAUGAAUGUUACGUUAGAUAAAAGAAAGAGUAAAUUAGUGAAUGUUAAAGGUUCUACUGGAUUAUUGGACAUUACGUCAUUUCCAGAAUUGACGAGAAAUGUAUCUGAGACACAAUUACUUGCUUUAAAGACAGCAGGUACAAAAGCUUUAAGCAAUAUGUCGGAACAAUUUAGCAAAUUGAACAAACUGAGUCAAAGUUUCAGCACAAAGAAGCCAAUUGAUUUGGCAAAGAAUAUAGGUAACAGAAAGACGGAAGAGUUAUCAAAACCAAUCUUUACGGUCGGUAACAGAGAUAUCUCAGGCAAUGUGAAAGAAAAGAGCAACAGUAGCAGUAGCAGCGACGAAAAUAUCGAAACGACACAUAUACAUGUCAAAAAGCCAGCAAACUUUAGCCAUGACAAGCAUUUAAUGGAAGCUUACACUCCAAUGAUUGGUAUUAUUAUGGGUGUGAAAAAUACCAACAUUGUGGACGGUGACAUUUGUGAGACCAGCGUAAAUGCGGGAUUAUCUACAAUGAGACAUAAUACGAAUUCAGAUUUGAAACCCGACAUAGCCAUUGACGCAUUGCACCUAAUACCGCAACAUGGCUCUGGCACCAGCACUCUGAGUGCUUCUCCGCAGAAAACUAGAGCAACCACGCCAGAAAUAACGGUGUACGACGUAGAGAAUAGCAUACAUGAGGAAAAGGAACGGAUGAUUCCACCGUCGACUUUGACACUUUUUAAAAAUAUCAGUCAUUCGACAGGGGAUGUUGAAAAUAAAACGUCAUCGACCGGUGCCAAGAGCGCUACUCUUCGCACGGAUAAUAGAUUGGAUGAGAAAAGAAGGUCAGCUUCCGAACAGGACUUGAUGUUGAAUAUUACAUCGUCCCAAAGUGAAUCUGCCUUAAAAUCCAUAAAAGAAAAUAUCGCCAACGUUACCAGUCCAGUAGCGUCCACAGCCAAGGAUAUCCUGUUGCCGUUCUCAAAGUUUGCUAAAGGUGUUCAAACAUUAGGAGCUAAUUUAGAUCCUAGAAAACUGAAGACAAGUCAUGUAAUGCGAAAUUUGUCGGAACAUCAUAUAGAAGAGCGUCAGAAACUUCAAGAAAGAUGGGCCUCCUGUCAAUCUAGACUUAUUGCUUUAUAAAUCUUCACUACUUGAAGGAUCAGCUUUCCGAAUAUAAUUUGUCUUACAUUGAAUAUCAAUUUAAGGCUUAUUAAUACUGUUUCUUUUCGUAAAUAUUAUAGAUAAUAUUUAUGAAUAUAAUUUUAGGAAUUUUUAGUAUAUAUAUUAGCGACGCGGAUGCUAUUACGCACUUUUAAAAAAAAGAAAAGAAAAGAAAAGAAGAAUAAAGUAUUAUUAGAUUGUACUAUAGACAGUUUUGCUAUAUAGAUCGCGGUAAAUAGAAUUGAGCUAUACAAGAAAAAAGUAUCAUGUAGAAAAUAAUGAACAAUUUCGAUCACGUUUUAUAGAAAAUGUUAUAAAUCGAUCUCACUGCACCAAUUUCGUAUUUUCACAUUUCAUGAAUAUAGCUUUAUUGAUGUGAAACAUACAAAAUUAUUUGCUGUAGAAAAAAAAGCAAUUUCUAGAUUGCAACAAAAUAAAAUUAACAAAGUACAACACUAUAAUAAAUAGUGAUUAUACACAAUUUUUAUAUUGUUAGAGAAUUGUAGCAUUUUUUAACGCUAUUUUUUUUUAUUGUAAAUCAUUCUAUAUGAAUUUUACUAUAUAUUUGCUACAUUUUUUGAAUUAUUAUAUCUUUACAACUUUUUAAUAGCAAUUUUCUGAAAAAUCUGUUUAAUGCGACCAAAUUGGAUUAAAAAAGUGUGCAAAAAUUUUCAAGGGAUUUAAGUGACUUAUUCUUACUUUAUGACUAAAUUUUCUUUUAUCUUAACAUCAAAAUCUUUUUUUUAGUAGCAAUAUUUUAUUCAAUUGAUUAAAUGUAUGUAUAAAUAAUUUUAUAUUAAAUACAUGAAUAAUUUUAAAUGCAGAUGAGACGAUUUAUUUGUACAGGAAGUUGAAGGAAGAUUUCAUAGUCAAUUAUGUAAAUAAAGUGAAUUGUUUAAAUAUAUUUUAUAGUAAAAAAUACAUAUAUAAUGAAAUUAGUGAUAAAAAAUGAGUUUGAAACAUUGGUUAUCAAAAUAAAAAAAAUAUAAUUAUUAUUCCUGUUAGUUUUUCAAAAAAAUGCAUGUUAGAAUUUUUCAUAAAAAGAUUUAAUAUAUAAAUAAUUGUGUUUUACAAUCAAUGAGAUAAUACACAGAAAAAAAUUGAAAGCUUUCAUCAAAUAAAAGGAUUAAGCUAUAAAAAAAUUCGUAAAUGCAAUGCGAGAUCAUUUUGAUAUAAUUUAAAUAUAUAAUAUAAGAGAACUGAGUAGAGAGCAAGUUCAUGUAUUUAUAAUCGCAUUUGUAUCAAUGUUUUAAUUUUAAAUGCUUUAAUAAUUGUUACGACAAACGUUCAGUAUUAAAUCGAGUAUAUGCUUAUGAAACACUGCGAAAUACGUUCUCCUGUGUGUACGUAAAAAUCAUUAUAUAAAAAGAUUAGGUAUAGAGAAUAAAGAUUGUUCAAAUCUUA